AAACAGCCAAACAGGCCAAGCAAGCCUAAAAGUUCCUUGUGGAGACUAACAAGUGGGUACAAUACAUACCUAACUUGCCAACCUGACCUUCCCUGGCUAGAUCCGAAGUUAAAUUGAUUUUUAUUUCUCACGUGCUUCCGCGAUUUCCAUUUGUUUUCUCGCCACAUUUCGCGUUCGACGCGUCUAUAAAGUCUCAAAUCAAGUUUACCCACAGACACACACACACUAUUUUCUCUUUCUCUUGCCCUUAUAUUCAAAGUUUAUCCUGCUAAGUCAAGGCACAGACAGGUACAGCUUGCAAAUAUGGCGGAGGAAUACGAAGAUGGAGCUGACGACAGUGGACCGACUGGUCCUGGUGCGCCAACGCCCAUCCACGCCCUAGAGGGCCUUUCAGGCUUGACGAAGCGCGAUUGUCAGCUUCUGUCUGAGGGAGGCUAUCAGACCGUCGAGUCGGUCGCUUACACUCCAAGACGUAUCUUGGAGCAGGUCAAGGGAAUAUCAGAACAGAAGGCAGUCAAAAUCCUUGCUGAAGCAUCUAAAUUGGUUCCUAUGGGCUUCACAACUGCUACUGAGAUGCACCUACGAAGAAGUGAACUGAUUUCCAUCACUACGGGAUCGAAGAACCUGGAUACUCUGCUAGCCGGUGGUAUCGAGACCGGCUCGGUGACAGAGCUCUUCGGCGAGUUUCGUACCGGGAAAAGUCAGAUCUGCCAUACCCUCGCAGUCACAUGCCAAUUACCCUUUGACAUGGGCGGCGGCGAGGGCAAAUGUCUGUAUAUCGAUACGGAAGGCACAUUCAGACCAGUACGGCUCCUCGCCGUGGCCAACCGCUAUGGUCUAUCCGGCGAGGAAGUCCUGGACAAUGUCGCCUAUGCUCGCGCCUACAACUCAGACCAUCAGCUGCAGCUCCUAACUCAAGCCGCCACCAUGAUGUGCGAGACCCGGUUCUCGCUGCUCAUCGUAGAUAGCGCUACAUCUUUGUACCGCACAGAUUUCCUCGGUCGAGGAGAACUGUCGUCCAGACAGACCCACCUGGCCAAAUUCAUGCGUACGCUACAACGGCUGGCCGACGAAUUUGGCAUCGCCGUAGUCAUCACCAACCAAGUCGUAGCGCAAGUUGACGGUGGUCCGUCUUCCAUGUUUAAUCCGGAUCCCAAGAAGCCCAUCGGCGGUAAUAUCAUCGCGCACGCCAGUACGACGCGAAUCAGUUUAAAGAAAGGCCGUGGUGAGACCCGUAUCGCCAAGAUCUACGACAGUCCCUGCUUACCCGAAAGCGAUUGUCUAUUUGCCAUCGGUGAGGACGGCAUCGGGGACCCGGCACCCAAGGAUAUGGAAAAGGAGUAAUGAUUAGUCUGGUGCAUAGACCGCAUUAAUCAGGUACCAAGAUAAGUUUUGGAAGUGGUCUGAAGUUAUACCGCUUAGGAAAGGAAAGGGGGGACGAAGGAAAUGACUACGGGAUAUGAUGGCUGGGUUUCUUCACGAGUGGCAUGCAUGCAUGGCUUUGGCGUUUCGAAGGGAGGUAACUGACUGCAUGCUUGGAGCUUUAUGUAUUUCCUUGUUUUUUACGCUCUAUAUUUCUCAAGCAUUCGUCGUAUUUUAAGGUUGGCAGAGGGCCUCAGGUCCGAGACGGCUUCUAUUCCAACGUAAUAUACACCCUAUAAUAGCCGCUUAAUCCUAAGUUUACGAGAGCAUC